CAAUUAUAAAACCGUCUCUUGAGCAAAAUAUUCAGUCAGUCGCUUGAUAAUUGUAAACAGAUUCAUUUGCGCAAAUUUUUCUCUCUCGGAAAACCAUGUUUCUCAAAGUGCUUCUCAGUGUCUUCACACUGAUUCUCGUGAGUGACACUUUUGCCAGGGAUUAUGGUGCAUAUAUGGAGAGACUCUCAGGCUCAGAUCUUCUCGAUCUUCGUCACCUUUGUGACUCUCCGACGCCCAUUUGGACCUUCAGCACAGCCGCUGAGCAGAAGCCGUUGCUCACCAACAGAGCGCCAGAGGAUUGUCGCCAUCGAUUGCAACACAAUUCCUUCUUCUGGGCGCCAAUCAAGAACGAGAGGAUCGACCGAAGCCGCGCUUCAUUGGAUCACUUUGUCUAUCACAGGGCGACUGAAGGAAUCCUCAUGCACAGCCCGAAUGCCACGGAAGAGGAGGAGGAAAUCCAGCCGCUCGGUAAAGUGUUCUACAAGUAUUUAGUGGAGAUUUCUGAGAAUGAUCAGCUAAACAGCAUUCAAUUGAGGCCAAAGAGUGUCCCAGAUAAGCAGCAAAGUCAACAAACUAAAAAGCGAGUGUGUCUGGAUUUUGAAGGACCUGUGAUGAGAAGGACCUUCAGAAGGAGGAAAAUAUUUAGAAGGACAUUCGAUUUGUGCCUGAAGACCAGAAUUUCACCCACAAAAACGUCCCGUUGGUUGGCAAUUGUCACGAUUCCAGUAAAAUCCGGACAAAUUGAGGCGUCAAUUGUCGUUCCGGCAGAGAUUCAUGCAAUCAGCAAACCAAAAUCAUUUUCAACACCAUUGUUAUGA